UUUCCAGUCUCAUACAGAAAUGGAGAAGAAUCAAUGUUGCUGCUGUAUUUCACACAUAUUCUCCAAAUCUGCUUCCAAAAACCCUAACAAAAUCGCAGUGAUUCGUGCUUCCAUAUCCGCCGAUCAUCAUCAUCAUGACACAAGCUUCACAUAUUCAGAGAUUCUGGAAGCCGUUGAUUCCCUCAGUCGUCGUCUACGCUUCAUCCUUCACGGUGGCCUUGAUCCUUCUCUUAUCACUUCUUCGUCAGGACCUCUCUCUAUCGAUCAGUCAGCAAACACUCCAAGAAUUGUGGGGAUAUACAUGGUUCCUUCUGUAGAAUAUAUAAUAUCUGUUCUCUCCGUUAUGCGAUGUGGGGAGGCUUUCAUGCCACUAGACCCUUCAUGGCCCAAAGAAAGAGUAUUAUCCGUUGUUUCAUCUUCAUCCGUCAGUCUUAUUCUUUGUGAUUCUAUUUUGUCUGACGGAAACAGUAGUCACCAGAUCAACAAAAAUCAUUGGCUUGUUGAUAGCGGUGGUUGUUCCGUUUUAGUGAUUUCCAUGGAAACCAUCCUUAACAAGCACUUUGCACACCCUUCGUUGCGUUGGCCAUGUGAAAAUAAGCGGUCGAGAUCGUUUUGUUACUUAAUGUACACAUCUGGAUCAACUGGAAAACCUAAAGGUGUUUGUGGUACUGAACAAGGUCUUCUGAACCGUUUUUUAUGGAUGCAAGACAUUUAUCCUUUACAUGGUGAGGAAACUUUGCUGUUCAAAACAUCUAUCGGCUUUAUUGAUCAUCUGCAAGAAAUCCUUGGAGCGAUACUUACAAGCUGUACCUUGGUUAUUCCUUCUUUUAACGCACUAAAAGAAAAUAUACUUUCCAUCACCGAGUAUUUACAGGACUACUCUAUCAAUAGGCUCGUUGCUGUACCGUCGCUAAUGAGGAUACUUCUUCCAACUCUUCAAAGUUCACCUAUUACGAUGAUUCAGAGUUCUUUAAAAUUGUUAAUACUAAGCGGAGAAAUCCUGCAUUUAUCCUUAUGGAAUUCUCUUGUAAAACUAUUGCCUGAUACUGAUAUCUUGAAUCUCUAUGGUAGUACAGAGGUUUCAGGUGAUUGCACAUAUUUCGACUGCAAAGGACUGUCAUUAAUAACUGAAACCGAGUCACUCACUACUGUUCCAAUCGGAAUACCUAUUCCCAACUGUGAGGUAACGCUCGUUGGAGAAAACGCACCUAAUUACGGAGAAAUAUACGUUUCCGGACAUUGUCUUGCAACAGGAUACUUUAACCAUGACGCUACGCCUCUCAACACUGUAAAGAAGCUUCCGGAGUCUUCUUUUUGCUAUUCUAGUAACGAGAACGAAAGUCAUCUUUACUUUAAAACAGGUGACUUUGCUAAACAACUUCCAGGUGGUGACUUAGUUUUUAUCGGUAGAAACGAUCGUACCGUGAAAGUAAACGGUAACCGAAUUGCGUUGGAGGAGAUUGAAAAUACAAUAAGAACACAUGAACAUGUGGAUGAUGCUGCAGUAAUUUUUAAACACGGUGAAGGAGAAAUUGCGUAUAUUGAAGCAUAUAUAGUUAGAAAAUCGGGUUAUGAUUCUGUUAAAAAUUGGAGUUCGUUUUUUCGAGGUUGGUUGGUUGAUAAGCUUCCGUUGGUGAUGAUCCCAAAGCAGCUCUUUUAUGUUGAUUCGUUACCGAUGUCUUCAUCUAGGAAGGUAGAUUAUAAAUUAUUGGCCAGUUUAAAGUGUUCCGUGGCAGAUAUCGAAACUGAAAGUGAGCAGAUUUGUUGCGGCAAUAUACUGCAAACAAUAAAAGAGGCGUUUUGUGAUGCUUUGGUGGUUGAAAAUGUCAACAACAACGAUGAUUUUUUCACAAUGGGCGGUAAUUCAAUUUCAGCAGCUCACACUUGUCAUAAAUUAGGAAUCAACAUGAAAUUAUUAUACACUUUUCCCACUCCUUCAAAGCUAGCAACAGCUCUCCUUGAUCCUAAAACAAGGGUCCCACCUAUAUUCGAUACGGAAGUGUUUGAACGGAGCCCACAACUUUCUAAACGUACUGAUCUGAAAACAAAUAAGCCACAUGGUAGGUUAUCUAACAAACUUACCGAACUGGAUGCUGAGAAUCAUCCUCACAAGGUUUUGAAACUAGACGGUGAUCUGAAUAUCGAUAACGUAACUAACGUUACAUCGUUUGCAAUUAGUCGUUGCAACAAAGUAAUGUGCGUGGAGAAUUAUAAUUAUAGCAUCGGUGAAUUAUUUCAAGAAACAUGGUUUGGUGAACCAAGAGGCUCUAUAAGGAAAGUGUGGAAAGUUCAUCUGGAGUCUUGUGUUGAUGCAUCACCGCUUGUUGUAGUGAGAGAAAAUGAGAUGUUUGUGUACAUUGGAGCUCAUUCGCACAAGUUUAUUUGUGUCGAAGCCUUGAGUGGUUUUGUCCAGUGGGAGGUACAAUUAGAAGGAAGAGUAGAGUGCUCAGCUGCAAUACUGGGAGACUUUUCUAUGGUUGUAGUUGGAUGUUACAAGGGGAAAAUAUAUUUUCUAAAUUCUUUGAAUGGAAGCAUUGGGUGGACUUUUCAGACCGGCGGUGAGGUAAAGUCGCAGCCAGUGGUAGAUAGGCAAAGGCAUCUAGUCUGGUGUGGAUCUUAUGACCAUAGUCUGUACGCCCUUGAUUAUCAAAGUUACAGCUGUGCCUAUAAGCUAGAUUGCGGUGGGAGUAUAUACGGGUCACCUGCAAUCAAUGAGGAUGAUGAAAGGCUUUAUUUUGCAUCAACCAAUGGUUGCAUGACAGCAUUGUCUUUGAAAGCUGUGCCGUUCAGUGUUUUAUGGGUGCAAGACCUGGGAGCACCCGUAUUUGGUUCUCUCUCCAUUAAUCAUAACGGAAACGUCAUUUGUUGCUUGGUGAAUGGACAUGUUGUAGCUGUUGAUGUAUAUGGAUCCGUCCUUUGGAGGGGAAUAACUGGAGGCCCAAUCUUCGCAGGACCAUGCUUAUCUCGUGUUUUAUAUAACCAGGUGAUUGUAUGUUCCCGAGAUGGAGGAGUCUAUUCAUUUAAUUCGGAUACGGGAAGUCUACUGUGGAAACAUGAUUUGGGGGAUCCGAUUAGUUCAUCUGCUUAUAUAGACGAACACUUGCAGGAUCAUUCAGACAGGUUGAUAUGUGUCUGCAGCAGUUCUGGAAGUAUAGUUGUGUUGAGAGUCGAGUUACGCGUUGAAGAGAGAUACGUGGUGGAAGAGUUUGGUAGGGUGGUUAUGGAAGGCGGUGUAUUCUCUUCCCCGGUGAUGAUUGGUGGCAGGGUUUUUGUUGGUUGUAGGGAUGAUUAUUUCCACUGCCUCGGAAUACGAACCAACCGAUGAAAGUUUGUCCGUGACUUUCUUCCGCUUGCAGUUUUAUGAAACUGUAAUGUGGUUGCAUCAAAUAUGGCUGCAGCUUACGUCAUUAAGUGUCCGAAAAAGUAGUAGAAAUUGUUACGAGCCCGAGGGACAUAUCUCAUACAAGAUCUCGACAUCAAUAUAGUGGAUCAAGUUGAACCCGCUAAUUGUUGUUUCAUGUUCCGAGUCUAAAAAAUAACUUGAAGCCAUGGACACUGAGAUGCAAUCUAUGUAAACUUCAAAAUCAUCUCGCAACUUCUUCAAAUGAUAAUGAUGCUUUUCAAGAGCAUGUCAUUGAUUAUGUUGAAGCUUAUUACAUUCUAUUGUCAUUAACAUUUAAUAUAUAAGUUGGAGAUGUUUAAAAAAA